AUGACACGAAAGAUUUUCACUAACACCAGAGAGAGGUGGCGGCAACAGAAUGUAAAUAGUGCGUUUGCUGAGCUAAGGAAACUCAUUCCCACUCACCCACCAGACAAGAAGCUAAGCAAGAAUGAAACUCUGAGAUUGGCUAUGAGGUAUAUUAAUUUUCUAAUUGACGUCCUUGGAGAUCAAGGAAUAUCUAGUAAGGCUGGAUCAACUACUCAUGGGAAUCUUUUGGGUCUCUUUGACCACGACUCACAAUUAGCCAGAGUGAAUAAAUGGACUAUGAUGGACCACUGCAGCGACACUUCUCCUGGGACAAGCAGUGAUAGCCAAGACUGUUGGUAAUUGGUCCCUUCAUCAUGGCGCUGACUGAU